AUUCCUGAAUCUGGCACCAUCGCGUGUGUCGAAAUGGUCAACUUCAUGUGCCAUAAGUAUUUACGUAUAGAUCUUGGACCAAAGAUCAACUUUGUUAUUGGUCACAACGGAAGUGGUAAAAGUGCUAUCAUGACGGCCCUCACUAUUGCUUUGGGUGCAAAGGCCAGCUCAACGAACCGUGGCAAGAAUUUGUGCUCUUUUAUCCGUGAAGGUGAAAACGCUGCUUUGAUCACUGUUACUCUUACAAACAAGGGCCCUGAUGCAUACCGUAAUGAUGUCUACGGUGAUAAAAUUGUCAUUGACCGCAAGAUUAUGAAGGACGGCACUGGCCAGUACAAGAUCAAAAGCGCAGCCGGCAAGAUCAUCUCGUUCAAAAGAGAGGAAUUGACAGCUGUUUGCGAUCAUAUGAAUAUUCAAGUGGACAAUCCCCUUACCGUACUCAGUCAAGACAAUGCCCGUGAAUUCCUGAACGCUAGUUCUCCCAAAGAUAAAUACAGACUAUUCAUGCGUGGUACUCAACUCUCCACGCUUGCAGAAGAUUAUGACGACAUUGGAGAAAAACUCAACACAACUUGUGCUAUUGUGGACCGAAAAAAGCGCGUUCUUCCUGAUCUGAAGAGAAAAGCAGAUGAUGCAAAACAACGUUACACGGAGGCGCUUGAACGUGAUAAACUAGAAGAGCAGCUUGAAACGCUUGGCAGCGAACUCGCCUGGGUGCAAGUGAAUCUCAAGGAAAAGGAGGCUGAAGCGUCGAGACAGAAUGCAGAAGCCGCUGAGCAUAAAGUCAGAGAGAUCGCUGAACAACAACGACAAAGCGACGAGUAUCACGCAAGCGUCACUCUUAAUGUUGAAGGAAAACAGCGUGAGAAUCAACUGAUGAUUAAGGCCCAAACGAGACGAGAAGAACUCAAGGUAUUUUCUUCCGAUGCCCAGAAGAUCAACGCUUUCGUCAAAACCACAAAACAGGAAGUAGUCAACCUUACUAAAGACAUCGAUGCUGAAACAGCGAAGCAAGAAGCUAGCUCACAAGCCGAGAACGAUGCGCGUCAAGCAAAGCUUGACGAGUUGGAACAAGCAAAAGCAGAGAAGGAAGAGCAAGCACGCAAUUAUCGGACAGAAAUUGGUGAUUUAGAAGUCCAAGUUGGCGAAUACAGUGCUGAAAGAAAUAGUUUUGCAAACAAAUUCAGUAUGCUGGAAAAACAACGACGAGAAACGCAACAAAGACUCGACGCUUUGACGAACCAAAAGGCCGACAGAUUACGUGCGUUCGGCAGGUUUGUGCCGGAGGUGCUUCGUGACAUUGAAGCUGAGCGACGUUGGACACGCAAACCUGUUGGACCGUUUGGCCGUUACCUCAAAUUGAAAUACCCCGAAUAUACGGAAACGAUGGAAAUUGUACUUGGAAAAGUCCUAAACUCGUUCGUCGUGGAGAACUAUGAUGAUCGCAAACUCUUGUCAUUGAUUCUAGAACGCAGGAAAAUGGGUGAUACUCUUAUUAUUGUUUCCAAGCAUGAUUUGUUUGAUUUCAGCGAGGGUGAGCCAGAUGCUAGAUAUCUGACGAUGCUGCGUGCUUUAGAGUUUUCAGACGAAUGGGUCAAGCGCCAGAUCAUUGUUGCAAGAGAUAUCGAGAAAUUGGUACUGAUUGGUGAGCGAAGAGAAGCCGAUGAUUUAAUGCUAGGCGGCGGCCCGAGAAACGUUAAAGCUUGCUACACAACCAAGGCCCAAAAAGUGACUGGUCAACAUGGUUUGAAGACGGAAGCUCUUCAAAGAUAUAGGGGCCCUCCACGAGAGAUGAUGGCAGAAUUGAGAAAGCUUGAUGUGCAGUCUAGUGAAUUAAAGCAAGCUCGUCAACAAGUACAGAACAAUCUUGAGCAUAUUCGAAAUCGCUUAAAGGAACUGCAGGUAACGGUCGAAAAAGCUCUUUAUCGUAUACUUUGCCAAAAACUAUAUGCUAUUGAUAGAGAGAUUCGAGCCAUCGUCUUUAAUAUCCGUCAGGUCCAAGAAUCGAUGAAAGAGGAGGAGCCGGUGAACCUCCAGAUGUUAAAAGACAGAAGAGACGAAUUGCAAGGACAAAUUAACGGUUAUGUUGGCCAGUUUUCAGAGAUUAGGAAACAAGACGAUGAAACUCGAAAAGAAAUCGCAGACAUUACUGUCAGACUCCAGCAAUUUGAAGCAGACGAAGAAGAACAUGCACAAAAAAUGCGAAAUGCUAUCAAUGAAAUUGAUACCUUGCUUCAUAAAGCACUUCGACAUCAAAGCAAUAUGCAAGAAAACCUUAAUCAGUCUCUUGUGCGCGUUGAUGAACUGAAUAAGAAGGCAGAUCUUGAUGAACGAACCGUGGAGGAAUGGACAAGACAAGUCAUGGCGGAAUGGCCCCAGCGCGUUGAUACCAGGCGUACUCCAGACCAGAUUCAGAGACAAAUCCGACAUCUGGAGAUGCGCAUUGAAGAAAGAAAUAGGGCUAUCGGAGCCACUAUGGAAGAAAUUGAAGAAGAAGCCAGAACAGCGUUAGAGGCUCUUAAAAGUGCCAAAAAUACCAUAGGGCUGCUGGAUAGAUUGAAGAGGGAACUUCGGUCAACUUUGGAAGCACGCAUGGAUCACUGGACUUUGUUCCGCAUGUACAUUUCACUCAGUGCCACCGGGCAUUUCACUUAUUUCAUGCACAAACGAGGAUACAAUGGCUAUCUAAAGUUCAAUCAUGACAAAGAACGCCUUGAUGUUCGAGUUUCUACCAGUGAUCAAAUGAAAAGAGGAACAAGACACAAGGAUUCCAAGACCCUUUCGGGUGGUGAGAAAUCAUUCUCUCAAAUCAGUUUACUCUUGUCUUUAUGGGAGGGCAUUUCUUCCCCUGUCUAUUGUCUGGAUGAAUUCGAUGUAUAUAUGGAUGCCGUUAACAGAAAACAAAGCAUGCGUAUGAUGGUAAGCGAUAUUAGAAUGCAAGAUAAACAAACUUACGUUAACCUUUCAAUGAUAGACGCAUCCAACAUGGUUCCUGGUCCAUAUAUCAAGGUGCACCGUUUGAGCGAUCCGGAGCGACAACAGCCGCAUGAUUAA